AACCGUUGUUUGUUUCUUAUCUUUCUUCUCCCUCGAGUCCUUUAUCGAAACUGUCAUCGGAAUAACGGUGGUUUCAUCUCUAACUUCCCCGAGACGGCGCAACUAAACUAACUGAAUAAUGGUCGUUAAUAGAUUGAAGAGGGAGCAAUGUGACCGAACAAAGCAUGAUUCUAGUUUCUCUCGCUGGAAGAUUCUUAUUGGUCCUUCUGAUUGGGAAGACCAUUCCAAAGGAAAUGAAGGAUCUGCCAGAUACAGGAUUCACAACCUUCCUCAGAAAUUGUGUCCGGGAGUGUACGAGCUUGGUGUAGCUGUGUCACAUAAUGGUUUGGGGAGACAAAUUUACAAGCUUACCACUGACCCUCGCCGCGUAGUUGUGGUUUACCUUGGUAAAGCUGACAAUGUGAGAGCAAGACUCCAGCGUUAUGGAAGGACUGGAGCUCAUUUGAGUAAUAUCUGUUCAUCGGAUGAUUCAUCUCUUCAGACCGGAAGGUCAUUGUUUCAGGAGAUAUUUUCGCAAGGCUUCCCAAUUGUUUAUAGAUGGGCUCCUAUGCAAAACGAGGGAGAUGCCCUAAGAACAGAAGCUCAGCUGCUUAGUACAUUUGAUUAUGCAUGGAACACAAUCAGUAAUGGUACACGGCGGCCUGAUGAUAUUCUUCAAAUGCUCAACAAACUUGCUUCAGGCACUAGAACAUUUUCAGAUGUGACUAAAUUGCUUCUUCCCUUCACUCAGAGGAAAGUGGGGAUACCAAUUAAAUCGAGUAAACUGCCUCUGACAGAUGACAAAUUAGAUGAAGCUGACAAUGGUAGCUAUAAUAUCCUCUCCCGUGUGUUCAAAUUCAACAGGUCACGUCCUAGGAUAGUUCAGGAUACCACUAGUAGGGCCAUUCAUGAGAAUGCAAAAAUUUGCGGAGUAAUAUUGGCUGACGGUUCUAUUUGUCAGAGGCCACCAGUUGAAAAAAGAGUGAGGUGUGCUGAACACAAAGGAAUGAGGAUAAAGGUGUCCACUGCCAAAGCAAUCAGAGCACCCAAGUUAGAAUUAGAAACUAUUGUAGGUAAUGCCUAUAGGUACCAAAAUGUUAGCCAAGAUGUAGAAGAGCCUCCACAAAGAAAGGUCGAGAGUCAUGUUCAGGAGAGUUUCACCAAAACCCUUAUAUGCGGAAUCAUCUUGGAUGAUGGAUCUACUUGUACAAGACAACCAGUUAAAGGAAGAAAAAGGUGCCAUGAGCAUAAAGGGGAGAGAAUACGUGGAAACCAGAAAUAAUUGAAUUUGGGAGUACACAAUUUCGCAUAACAGAUUUAGAAUAUGAUUAUACUAAAGACAAGUGCUAUGCACAAACAGCAAAAUGUACUUAUUCAAGCUUACACAGAGUUUUGUUAAAAGCAAACCAUAUGAAUUUAGGUGAUGGUUUUUGCUUUACAAGGCAACAAUGUGCGUGGAGCGUUAAGGGUCAAAGGGAGAAAGCGGUUCAAGGGCUUGCCUCGCAUAUAUGGAUUUAUGUAAGUAUCAGAAAUUGGCAUUGUUGUAGAAAUAGCAAACAGCUCUCUAGGCAAAAGUCAAAUAGUUGUAGCUAAUAGACAGUAAAAUAAAAGUGUUGGCGAUACAUAGACAUUAAAAAAAAAAACUGUAUUUGUAUUAAAAAAAUGUUGGCAAUACAAGUUAUUUCCUUGAAGGUUGUAUUGUAUCUGUUUGUAUAAAAGCUUAGUUGUUGAUACAGUGAGGUAUAUAGACCUUGUUUCUGAUUUCCAGUACAUCAUGAAUUGUAUAUUGAGUUGAGUUGAGCCUAUUAAA